CCCUAAAAUCCCAAAUCACCAAACCUACCGCAUCAUUUCGCUACCUUCAAGCUCUCAACAAUGGCGUCCUCAGCCACUCGGCGCACAUUAUUCACUGUUCUCAGCCGAAGCCUCUCUUCUUCAUCUCCAUCUUCUUCUUCCUUCUUCCUUCCAUCUUCUAUUUCUUCUCGCCUGCGAUUUUCUUUUCCUCUGCUCAACAGACUGGAUCAAAUAAUCCCUAAUUCAUUCAAUCUUCCUAUUCGAUUCAAGUCCUCGGGAUCUGGAUACUCUCCACUCAACGACCCUUCUCCUAAUUGGAGCAAUCGACCUCCCAAAGAGACGAUACUCCUCGAUGGCUGCGAUUACGAGCACUGGCUGAUCGUGAUGGAGUUUCCAACGGACCCGAAACCAUCGGAGGAGGAGAUGGUGAACUCUUAUGUCAAAAUUCUUGCCGCUGUUGUUGGAAGUGAGGAAGAGGCGAAGAAGAAAAUAUAUUCAGUCAGUACAACUACGUAUACUGGAUUUGGUGCCUUGAUUUCGGAAGAGCUCUCUUACAAAGUGAAAGAAUUGCCAGGUGUUCUAUGGGUUUUACCAGAUUCAUAUCUUGAUGUUCCAAACAAAGAUUACGGAGGUGAUCUCUUUAUUGAUGGAAAGGUCAUCCCGAGACCGCAGUAUAGGUACAACGAUAGGCAACAAUCUGGUAGAAACAGGCCUCGUCCACGGUAUGAUAGACGCCGAGAAACUAUGCAAGUUGAACGGAGCCAACCGAUUCAGAGACAUAACUGGGGUCAAAACCAGGGAGAUCCACUGCAACCACCACCAUCCAUUGAUGGUCAAAAUACAUCUCGAAGUGGUGUUGGAGAUUUCUCGACAAAUCCAGGCGAGUUUAAUCGGAGCAAUCACUGAUUGAUGGAUGCUUUAAAAUGUGGAUAUUUAUCGACUCCUUUAUGCAUGAAGUCUAGGCAUGAUACAUCUAGAUUAAUCUAGAUUUUUAACUCUCCUUAAUGCAUGACAAAUCUAGGAGAUUUUGGAAUCCUUCCACAUCAACAUUCUAAAUAUUCAAAUAUGAUAGUUCUAUUGGCCAAUGCAUUUAGAUCAAGUCUAGGCAUCAUAUAAAUCUAGCAUCUAAAUGCUUUGAAGGUGAAUAUUUGGUAUGUUGACUAGAAUCCUUAAUGUUGUAUCUAGAUUUUCUUUCUUUCACUAGCAAUAGGUCCAAAGAUUAAAAAUAAACUAUGGGGAAUGAUUGAACUA